CCCAUGGCCGCAGCCGCUGCGCUCCUCGCGGGGGUCCUGCUCCCCUGCUGGGGCGCCUUCCCGCAGCUUAAUAAGGGGCUGUUGAAGAGGAAUGGGGCUGGGUGCUCCCACCACUUGGAGUGCUUAAGUGACUGCUGCCUCAUGGACUUGGACCACGGUGGCACCUUCUGUGCCCCCAAGGCCGGAAGAGCCAUGACGUGCUUGCCCCAGACCAAGGGAGCCACCAACAUCAUGUGCCCCUGCCACGUGGGCUUGACUUGCAUCUCCAAGGACCUGGCCUGUCCCCGCCGGUGCCAUUUGCUUUAGAGCAGGAUGCAGGCUGUCACUGCCCCCCUCCCUCCCUUGGGACCAGAGGCCUUGGGCAUCUGAAUCUUGCUCAAAGUUCAG